AUGCAGACGAUAUCACCUCGUCUGAUGCCACGCAUAUCCAUACCUGAUCCAUUGGCACCCAAUCGUAUCGUACAGUUUAAGAAUGGUGAGAACAUAUCAUUCUUCCUACAGGCCUGUGCCGAUGUUGGCGUGCCACGCCACAAGCGAUUCACAUCAGCUGAUCUCCAAACAGAGAGUCCAUCCUACACCAACAUCAGGCGAAUCAUUGAAUGUCUAGAGUCGCUAUGCAAGAUCGCCAACGCUGAUACACAAUACGAGUUCUCGGUUGAUUGGCCAACUGUGGACGCCACACAAGAGUCGUUCAGUGAAGAGGAGAUGUUGGAGGCAGAACAAAUGUUGGCCAUGUUCACAAUCAGAGAGCGCAAAAGAUUGGAAGUAGUACAAAGGAGUCAAUCACCACGCAAGGGAACUGAACACACUGUGGAGGAGACAAAGGCACUACUCCAACAUGCAACCGAAGCAUCAUCAUGUCCAGUUGUUGUCCAGCCACACACCACAUCUACCUCCACUUCUGCCAGCACUUCCACAUCAAUCUCCACGACGACUACGACACCAUCAUCGGCAACACCAGCCACACCCAACAGGAACAGCAGCAAGAUGUACACCAACUUUACCAGCAGACAAUACUCUCAUUCAUUCUCUUCUCUCACUUCCCCGUUGGCACCAAACGCGCCGCCAAGUCCUGGCAGUCCAAGCCCGGCCUCGCCACCUCCACCAACCCCUCCAUCUCCCUCAUCAUCACUUGCCAAUAACACUACCAUCGAGACAGGCAGCAACAAUGACAGUGGCAGCUCAUUCAAGGAUAUAUUGAACAAGUGGAACUCAUUCGCAUCAACCUCGUCAUCAUCAUCGUCAUCAUCGACACCAUCGCGAUAUAGCACAGCACCAGGCAGACCAUCAUCACUACUUAUCAAUCAACAAGCGAGUAGCACAACAGACCUGACGUCGACAUCGAUCAACCGCGCUCAAUAUCGCCAACAAUUCAACUCUGUACGAUUACCAAGCAGUCCAUACAAGAGCCCUGCUCCAACAACCUCCAUUCCAGUUCCAACCAACAAUGUAGAUACAUCAGCCACAUCAUCACCAUCCUCCUCCUCUCCUAUGGUGCAUCCAUCACCAUCACAAAGCGUUGUACAACAGCUCCAAGGUCGUGCCAGGAGCUACACCAUCAAUCCAACAAUCCUGCCUCAUCAUUCACCCAAGCCACAGCCAAAGCCACAGCCACAGCCUCAGCCCCAGCCACAGACACAGGCGCAAUCAGUUCCAAUGCUCGAGUCGAUCGCUGAGGAGAUCAAGGUCAAGGAUGAUGUGUUGGCCACAUCGCCAGACACCUUUGUUGCUGUUUCUCCUACAGUGGAGUCCACGCCACUCAUCCCCAUCCCCAUCCCUGCCACUGACCCAGCUCAGUCCCCAACACAAUCAUCACCUGUUGUAACAUUAGCCACUCCACCCAACUCUCCUGACAAGACGCCAGCGCAAUCAAUCAGCCAACCAUCAACACCAAUCACGCCAUCGACUCCAUUGACAACACCAACUACGCCAGCAACACCAACAUCGACAACGCCAAUCACACCCGCGACACCUUCACAAACUCAAGUCGUUCAAUCGACAUUGAGUGAUAUCAAGUGUACAGACUCACUCAUAUCAUCGCCAUCAUCAACACCUGCCACCACCCAAUCUGCGCCAACAACGCCAUCAACGCCAUCAUCACCAUCACCAUCAUCCACAUGUGCAGUAGCAAUACCAUUGAACAGCAAUGCCAACAGACAAUCACUUGAAGUGCGUGCUGCAAUCAAGAUACAACGAGCGACUAGAAGAUGGUUGGAAAGGACUCGACAACGUAUCAAGGAGCGACACAAUGCCUACAGAGAGCGCAUUGCACUGGAGAUCACAAAGACCGAGGAAGAGUACCUGACGCGUCUCCUGUUCCUCCGUGAUCACAUGUUGAAGGACCUUAGGGAGGCCAUCAAGAAGGGCUCACCAAUCAUUAGUGAGGAGGAGGUGCGAGCGAUAUUUAGCAGCGAGCUGGAGAGCAUUAUCUUGACGAAUACAAUGUUGAAGGAAGAGUUGCAAAGAAGACUCAAGGCAUGGGACACCGACACACAGAUUGGAGACAUCUUCCUAAAGUUUAGCUCAUUCCUCAAGGUCUACUCACAGUACUCAAUCAACUAUGAGACCGCCAUCGAAGUGUUGAACGAAUGCCAGAAGCAGCCCAAAUUCCGCUCCUACCUCAACAAGGUCAAAGAGAAGAACGAAGAGAUCAAGUUGCGAGGACUCGAGGACCAUCUCAUCAGACCAAUCCAACGUAUUCCAAGAUACAGCUUGUUACUUAGAGAGAUGAUCACUCAUACCUGGCCAUCACAUCGUGAUUAUCAAUCAUUGGAGAAGGCCUUUGCCUCGAUGAAUACUGUGGCUGAGAAGAUGAAUGAGGCCAAGCGAAAUGCUGAGAAUAGGAUGAAGUUGGCAGGUAUCCAGGAGAAGUUGGAUGGUGAGAGCGCGUCAACGGUUGUAAAGGCACAUCGACGCUUUGUCAAAGAGGGUGACUUCUUUGAGGUGGAGAGUCCCAAGUUCAAGAAGCAUCCCAAGGUGCUCUACCUGUUCAACGAUCUUCUGGCCGUCACCAAGCCUACCAAGUCCUCUGGCUCCUUCUUUGGCAAGCAAAAGACUGUCCGUCUCCAAUUCGAGCGCAGCUUCGUCCUCACCAAGCUGAGGUUGUCCGAACUUGAUGAUACUACAAACUACUCGAAUGCACUCAAGAUAUCUACUACCAGCCAAGACUCGCUGAUCAUCUGUGCAAAUGACAGAGACACUAGAGAUGAAUGGGUCGCUGCCAUUCUUGCUGAGAAGACUGAGGCUGAGAAGCAUGAGAAGGAACAGGAGGAGAGGAUAACAUCGAGUGUCAUUCAUAAGGUUGCAGACACCAAGUUGAAGCUGGAACAACAGUUUGCUCAGAGAACAUCAGGACAAUACUCGUCAACAGAUUUGGAAGCUGCCGUGUCUCAGACCGGUGAGGAUGGGUCGCCAGGCGAUACAACUGCUUCAGAGAAUGGCAGUGGUUCAACAACAUCGACCACUACCACCAAGAUGACACUACGCGAGAAGAGAAUGAAGCUUGUACAAGAGUCCAGGAUACAUCGAUCAUCAAACAGUGUCAACAACAGCAGUAACAACAUCCAUCAACAUAACCAAUAA